AUGAUUUUCACUUCAUUAACUAAAAUUUUAAAUAAAUCCUCAUCAUCAUCAACCUUAAAUAAAACCUUUGAUAUUGACCAAAAAUCAAUUGCAAUUACUUUUGAAAAAUCAAAUAUUCAAGUUUAUAGAGUUUUAAAUAAUCCACUUGGUCCACAAGGUGGUGUUGGCCCAUACUUUUGA